AUGCAGAAUAAAGCGAUGAAGCGCAAUGCAACGAGUUCGUGGAGGCUAGACUGGGAGGAGGACGGAAGGUGGGUCGAGUGGAGGAUAGACGAGGAGGAGCAGUCAGAGCACGACCGUUUCAGGUGGGAGGAGGGCUCUUUCCGAAAGAGCUCCUUCAACCGUGGCAGCACCAAAUGGUGGAGAGAGCAAUACUACGAGUACGAAUACGCGGGGAGUGGAGGAGUUCAGUCCAUGUCUGUUGUGCGGGAGGCAUGCGAGACGCUUGGGGUGAGCGAUGCUGGAGACGCUGGCGCGAUUAGGAAGUCAUACCUGAGCUUGGUGAACAAAUGGCACCCGGAUCGGUUUCAAGAGCCUUCAGAGAAAGCCAAGGCUUCUGAACGGUUCCGCGAAGUACAGGAGGCGUAUGAAGUUCUGAAGGAGAAGCAGAACAGAUAA